AUGGGCAUGGAAUGCAUGUUUCACAGGACUGCAAUGGAGGAAGGAAGAAGUAGCUCUGUUCUAAGGCAGCUGAGUCUGAGCAGAGUCCCUGAUUCAUCAUGGUCGUGUAGUCCAUGGGAUGAAGAGGAGGAGAAAAAGCUUGAAAGACAAGUGUGGGAAUGGCAGUGGGAAUGGGAAUGGCAGAGGCAAUGUGAAGUGAAGGAGAGGAAAAAGAUCAUGGUGGUGGUUGAUGGAUCUCCUCAGUCUAGGACUGCAAUGUUGUGGGCAGUUUCACACCUUGUGAAUAUGGUGGACACGCUCAUUCUAGUCCAUGUCUUGGACUCUUCAUGUCUCCGCAAAUGCAAGCCUGAUAUUGCACGUCGAUACCUCCGCGCCUGCCAUGUCCUCAACUCCAUGCGUUCUCUCUGCAUCUCCCGCAUCCCACAGGUACAUGUUGAAGGUGUCAUGAUACAGGGAGAUAGGGCAACUACUAUAGUGUCAUAUGCAAAUAAACUGCAAGUUUCUUUGCUUGUUUUGGGCCAACGAAAACCCUCUUUGUUUCACAGGUUUGUGCGGAGCAAGCGGCAAGAGCUGAUAGACUUUUGCAUUAACAAUGCAGAAUGCCUGACAUUGAGUGUGAGGAGGCAGAGCGGCAACCUUGGCGGAUACAUAAUAAAUAGCAGAUGGCACAGAGAUUUCUGGCUAUUGGCAUGAUAUGAUAUAUUUGUGCUUGAAUUGGGAUAAAGGAUCGUGGAUCAUGUAUAUGCUCUUAUAUACACGGCCAGGAUUUUUAGGACUGUUACUCUGUAUAUAUUGUGGGUUGGUAUUUAAUGGUGGAAAGUUGAGAAUGCCGGUAUUAUUGUGGGAUUGACAAUACACGUAAGAUCGUUGCAUGAAUGAAUCCUGUACUUUGAACUGUUAGAAGUUUAGACCAGACAAGC